AUGGACUCAUGCAGCAUCAAAACUAAAACAAAUGAACUGCACCGAGUCAAGGAAUUCAGAGACCUGGUGAGCAAUGCGAAAGAUUCUGAUGGAGACGAGCGGAUCGCAUUUGAGUACAAACUUCUUUUGCUGCUUGAGCAAGUGCUUGGCAUAUCAAGAAAUGACAUUGCAGAGUAUGUAAAGAUAUAUCGUGAUGCAGAGCCUGGAUACCUACACAAAGAGUCUUUAAGGUUGUUUAUGAAAAAAAACGAGCUGGUGAAUGAUCAUGUUGCAUCCGUGUUUACUUGCAUAUCGAGUCUUCUUCCGAUUGGGUUUGUUGAGAUCCUCGUUGAAAACGAGUGUGUGUGCAAGUCCUACGAUAAGGUACUACAGAAGAUAUAUGGAAGCGUGAAAAGAACCAGAAAGCGACUGAUUACUGAAGAGCAUGAUCCUUCUGCUGUCAAAAGCAUAUCCAAUUGUACAAUAUCUAAUAUGAUGAAAUAUCCAGGGCUGAAGCUGUAUUUUACAAAGAAUAUGAUGCAGAUGGCAGAAGAUCAAAGAAUGUAUUUUAUAGUGAAGCACCUGAAGAGAGAGGAUUUUGAAUACUACCUGAAUGUAUUGGCUGACGAAUCAAAUGAUUCAAGGUAUAAAGAUAUGCUUGAUGAGUACAUGAUUAAUGGGGUUGCAACAGAACCAUCGGCUGAAUAUCAUGUGUUUAUGAGUCUGUAUCGAUAUAUAAGAGCCAAGACUGAUGACACGCAGAUAUUGGAAAAAAUGCUCAGAACCUAUAAUGCUGAAAAGCUUCUUGAAGAUAGCAUAGGAAAGAUGUUUGUUAGCAGAACGAUAGGAUACAUAGCAUGCAGAGUGGAUGAAGUCGAAAUAUGCAGAUCAACUGUGCACGAUGUGCUGAAAGCGAGCAAUUCUCGUGAAAUUGACGAUAUUGUAUGGAAUGCAUUGAAGGACAAGCGGCUGGUGUUUUUGGAAUGCAUUGAAAGGUUCAAAGCGCCUGCAGAUCAAAGCCUUGCAAGCAUUCUUAUGCACUCUAAAUGCAUUUGCGAGAAUAGACGUGUGCCUAUAUCUAAAGCAAUGAGCUAUGGGGAAGGAAUAUAUCGGAAUGAAGCGGUGCAGUAUAUCAAUGACAGGUUUAUGCUGCAUGAAAUAGUAGAUGCAGCUUUGAAUACUUCAGAGGAUGAAAGAGAUUUUCUGUUGGAAUGCAUAUACAGAAAGUCAUUAAUUGGAGAAUUAGACAUAAGAGUGUUGGGCAUCGAAGAUGCAGGAUGGAUUGACAAGACCUUGGAUGAAGUGUUCAAAGUAAUGGAUCCCACGAUGUAUGAGAUUCUACUCACUAAUAAGCCUGAGAUGGCGUUUGACUAUUGCUUCAGGCAUUCUGAGUUGCGUAAAAGAUACUUUGACGGGGUUGACAAGAUGAAAUGCACUGUUGAAGAAGCAAUAUGCAUACACAAGAUCUUGAAAGAAGAGCUCUGCAUCAAUAAUAAUUCUGAAGUGAUGGUUAAUUCGUAUGCUAGCUUUGUAUAUGGAGAUGAAGAGCCAGGGAAUGCAAUCUACAUGGCCAGUACACUUGCUAAUCCAAAGCAGAUUGGAAAUAUUCUUGAAUUUGUGUAUCUUCUGACACUGAUUCGUCCUGGCGAUGCAAGGUAUUAUUUUUGUGAGUAUUUCAGAGAGAUCUGUUCUCAGGCAAAUAGCAAGGAGCUUGCUGAGAAUGAUUUACUGGGUGUAAGUGGGCAUGAAGUGCUUGGAUUUGAUGACGUAAGAAUGAUAUACUCGAUGCCACUUUACAUAAUGCUUGAGCAUAUUUUUUCAACGCAUUUAAAAGACAAGUAUCUUGUGUAUACGAUUAUGGAUGACCUGAUUGAUGCAAUACACAUUGGGGGGCAAGCAUUUAGAUUGCUGGUGUUGAAAGCCAUGAAUUCGAAUUUAGUUGCGCCACAGCACCUCGUUGAUUUUAUUGGCAUGGUUACGGUUCUUAUUCACGACUCGAAUGUUCAGAUAUGCUACGAAAGCCGAAGGCUCCUUAUGGAGAUUCCGGUUGCAUCACCUGAGCUGAAGUGUUUGAAAUCGCAGAUGAUGCAAGCGAUAAUGGACAGGAUCUAUGCAAAGUCGUUUUUUGAUGCAUUUAAGACACAGCAAUUCAAUCACUAUCUCUGCUUUAAUGGGUUGAAUUUACUUGUCCAGGCACUCAACAUGCACAUGAAGGAGUUUCGUGCGGAUGUGUUUCCGAUUCUGAAAAGCUUGAGGUUUUUUGCACACCCAAGUGAUUUGAAGUCUUUGAUUCCGAUUAUAUUUGAAAAUCUUUCAUUGUUUGUGAUUGAAAAUGCAUUUUAUACCGAUGAAUGCUGUGAAGUUGUAUCGCCACUGAUGCGAUUUGGUGCAUGCAUAUCAUUUCAAAGGCUAUUGGACAGCAUAGGCCAGUCUCUCAGGGUCAAUAAGUUUCUUGUGAAGAGUUUAAGGUCAUGUGAGGAGAAUAUGGUUGACGAGGUUAUUAGCCAGAUCAUAAGAAAAGGAUCAGGUACGCAUGAAGCGAAUGAGCUUUAUGUGGAGCCGUAUUUUCUUGCAUAUGCACCAGAGCUUUCUAUUUUUGAGAAGUACGUUCCUGUGUUUAUGCCGUUUCUCAAGAAAUUGUUUGUAGAUAGUGACUAUGCAAGGCAAGAGAUUGCAUUCAAAGCAUUUGAAUCGAUGGAUGUGAUAGACUUCCUGCUAUACUGCUGUAUUGUGGGGCAGUGGAAGUCACGAUUGCUAUGCAUAGAGCUUUUUGAUAAGAAAGGAGCUGCUGACGGCCGGAUGCUGGCGAUGCUUUUUAUUCUUAAGAACGACACGCACUCUGCAUUGAGAAAGCGAGCAUUUGAGAUAUGGAAAUCGAGGAUACCCAACACAAACUUGGCAUUGAAAGAGAUCUACACAAUUGUUCUUGGAUGUCUAAAAUACCAAGGAUGUUCUGGAUCAUUCCAUGAUGCAAUGGAGGGGGCACUAAUCGACAUGGUUCUAAAGUAUACAAAGUACGUUGAAAAGUAUGUUACAGAUGUUAUGGAGCAGGCAGCAUCUGGAUUUAUUGAUGAGAGUAUAGUGAAUCCACUGGGAACUGGUGAAGACUUGAGCAUGCUAGAAGGUGUAAGCCAAAGCAAAGUUGUUGAAACAAUAUUAAUUGAGUGUGUAAAGGCAGAGAAGUGUGUUGAUAUUGCACUGGAGUUCAGUAUCCGCAAGUGUUCAAUAGACAUAUUUAAGCUUUUGUUGAAUAACUCUCUGUAUAGAAGCAGAGUUAUUGAUGUGAUUGGAGAAAGGAUUGAUGAUCCGGCCAUUUGCCAGUUGUUCCUGGGGAAUGGCCAGCUUGUGCAUGACCUGUUUAUAAUGACAAGGAAGACAUUUCUAUUCAAGUUUCUGAGUAAUUUUCACAAGACAAAUCUUGCCGAGCUUCUGUUUGAAUCCGAGCAUGAGAAUGCAGAAUACAUCAAGGAGCUUAUGAGAUUUUCUGAGCCAUCGAAAAAAAUGGAGCAGCUUUUGUUGGUGCACAGGCCAAUAUACACAUCUAUUUUUUACGGCAGCCUUGACAAAGCAGAAGACUAUGGAUGUGCAGUUGAUCUAUUUAAGAGGGUAUUUGAUGUACUUGAAUAUGCAGAUCUUGCACCAUUGAUCAAGAAGCAGUACCUAGAGUAUUUGCUGUGUGUUUCAUAUAAGAAUGUGGAUGAUCCACAGGCAAUGGUGGAUGUGUUGUGCACAUCAGACAGCAUCAAGGCUCUAGAAAGGUUGGACGAGAUUCUUAUGCAAACAAGAGUCGCAAAUGUCUCUGCUGUAUGCGGGCAUCUUCUGAGAAACUAUCUGUCGUAUGAAAAGCGUGAGCCGGUGAUUACUUGUCUCAAAACACUAAAAGAAAAAUAUGAAAAGUCUUUGGAUAUUUUUGGUUUGAUGAUUGAUCGUAUUUUGGGCGAUGAUAAGUGCUAG